AGAAGUAAUCGGAAUUCAGCAUUUUUCGGGUUUGGUAUCCGAAGUUUCAUCAAAUUUCUGCAAAAUUUUUCCCUUCAAAGUGAAUAUUAUUGAAUCGAUCAAGGUUUUUAUUCCAGCAACAUUUUCAAUUCGGAAUCUACGGUGUUUGUUUCAUCAUAUUCGCGCAAAUUCACACCCCGUACUUGCAACAUGAAACUCAACUUCUGAGCUUUUUAUUAUCUAUUAUGUGUUAUUAUUUUGUACGUUUAGAAAGGGACGUACUUCAUGUAGUACUGAGCCGCUUUCUUGAAUUAUACAACUUGUUUCAUCGUAAUUGAUGCGUUUUUCGUGCUGUGUUUCACGCUCACAAAGAUUUGUUGUACGUUUGAUUUGCAUUUCAUUUAAAUGAUCAUGGUUUCGUAUUCUGCCAACCAAGCUUCUGUCAAUAAUUGUAAUCAGGCUACAGAUCCAGCUGUGUUUGAAGCUGAUAAACGUGCUGUGUAUAAGCAUCCUCUUUUUCCUCUUCUUGCUUUGGUAUUUGAGAGAUGCGAACAAGCAACUCAAUGUGCCGAAAUUCCCAAUUCCGAAGGCUUCAACAUGGAUAUUCAAGCUUUCGUCCAACACCAAGAAAAAGAUAAACGUCCAUUUCUUACCAACGACGCCGAAGUCGAUGGUUUGAUGAUUAAAGCUAUUCAAGUGUUGAGAAUCCAUUUAUUAGAAUUAGAAAAAGUUCAAGAAUUAUGCAAAGACUUCUGCACCCGAUAUAUAACUUGCUUGAAAGGCAAAAUGCAAAGUGAAAAUUUACUCAAGCCUGAUUAUACGCGGUCGUAUUCGGAAAACAAUAGUAGUAGUGGACACUCUAGUGAUAGUAAUUCUCCGCUUUCGUAUUCGCCUCGUCCAUUCCAGUCUGAUUUACAGGUAGUUUCAGCCGUCGUUCCUAGCGAACAAAUGUACAAAGACAAACUCAUAAAUUCCAGUUACUCGCAAACGUCACCGGUCGAGAUGUCUGGUGCAGUUCCGGCACCAGCCACCGCUGCUAAUCAGUUGUUGUCUAUUAACUGCGCUGUGACCACGUCGGAGCCAACUCAAUCUUCUACUCCGUCACCAGGAGUCAUCCUAGGUAGCACUCCUCUUUCUCAAAUUGGUGUACAUUCCUGUCCGGUACCUGGUGAUGUGAAUACGUUACAUGAAUCUCUUUCACCUGUUAGUGGGACGUCCUGUGAUGAAACCGAUGAUCAUUUUGGAAAUAGAAGGAAACAAAAAAGAGGAGUUUUACCCAAGUAUGCGACGAGUAUUAUGAGAUCGUGGUUAUUUCAACAUUUGGUUCAUCCGUAUCCCACUGAGGACGAAAAGAAGCAAAUCGCUGCCCAAACUAAUCUUACUUUAUUGCAAGUGAAUAAUUGGUUCAUUAAUGCUAGACGAAGGAUACUUCAACCUAUGCUCGAUGCUUCCGCUUCUGAUAAAAAAGGUACAAGCAAUGUCGCCUCAGACGAUUCGGAUUCCGAAUGCAGCGAAAACGAGAUACAAAUUACUGAAAGGAUUCAACCGUACAGCGAAGAAGAUACAAAUCAAUAAUUGCUUCUCAGAAUCCGCGCUAGCGACGGUAUCUUAAAAGCGUUUCCCUUUUUUUCUAAAGUCAUGUGCUAUCCUUUUAUUUUUUUUAAACUUAUUUUUCUGUUACUUUUUUUGAAUUUUGUUUUUGUUUUGCAUUUAUUAAGUGAAAAGUAUACGAAUAGACUUAGGUGAUAAGCGCCUUUGUAUAUCUUUAUUAAGCUUAAGAUUUAAUAAUUCCAAGGUGUUAUUCCUAUGAUAGAAACGAAUAAUUCGAAAUACUGUUUAGAGGGUAUAUUGAACUGAUACUCUUCGAUAGAUCACCCACCACCCUUUAAGAUAUCUCAAGUUUUGCUUCAUCAGUAUUGAUGCGAAAAAUUUCGCAGUAACUCGUUUACAGUAAUUCGAAAUGGUUUACGAUUGAUUUGCUUUACCAGUAUUGAUUGUGUAUUACCUUGUACGAUAAUUUUUACCAAUAUUCUUUAUUCAUAUUAUUUUUUUUUUGUAAUGUUUAUGUCUUCUGUACGUAUUUUUAAAAAAUUUUGUUCGAGGUUAUUGACAGUAUUUUCUCAAAAUUAUCUGGAAAUUUUUCGAAAAUGAUUUCGUUGGUAAUUCAAUGUAUUACAACCUCGUAUUAAUUCAUCCCCGAAAAAUUCUAAAAAAAUUCCGGUGUGAAAUUUUAUGAUUCUAGUCAAUUCGAGUAUAACCUCCUAACCAUGACAAACUGUAUUCAGUUAUUCUGAUUGACCAUAUUUGUGUAUUGCCAUUGAAAACUACGGUGAUUUAAAAAAGUAGUGCCAUAAAUGAAUAAUAAUUUCGUACAGUUCCUAAUAUGUAUGUAUUUUCUGAAAAAUGAUCGGACGUAUCGGCUUCGUCAUGAAGACAAUUUUAUUAUGACAACGCGAAUGUUGUCGAUUAUUUUCAUUUAAGGAUGUUUAAUUUUUAUAAAAUUAUUUCGUUCUGUUUUAGUCGUCUCUUCGAAUUAUACGCUCAACAUCUGUUAACUGCUAAGUGAUAAUCUAUAUUUUCAUUCGUUAUUAAGUUCAACAUUUUCCCUUUUGAAUUUAGCUUGCCAAUUGCUCCUAACGUCUUCGCAAAUUCGUAUUUUAUUUCAAUCGACCGUGUCGGUCGUAGGUUCGAAAUAACUUCUCAGUUGAUCAGUUGGAUGAUAAUAAUGUUUUCUUUCUUUAUGUAUUUCCUAAUUUCUGAUUAUCGAAAAGCGUUGGGCGUUUGGCCGUUAACAGGGUUCGUUUCACUUUACGCCCCUGCGUGAGUUUAUUGUUAUGAUAGCGUACUGUAUGUGUAAAGUAUAUCUUCCUGUUUUUUUCUUAUUCCGUUUCUAAGUUUAAUUUUUGAAGCAUUUUUGUCUUCUGAAAAAAUUUCGUAGUUAUUGUAAGAUCGUUGCUGUAUUGCAAUAUGAUGCUUCUUUUUUUUUUUUUUACUGAGUUUAACGCCAUAUACGUAAAGUUCGAAUUAAGUAAUACUCGGUACUAAUUUAGUCAAAAUGCAUUUAAAAUGUGUAUUUUUCUUUUCUUUAUGAGUGCCAUUUUCAAAGCUUUCGUUUAAUGUGUGUAUUGUAGAGUUUAUAUUACGUAUUGUUUCUAUUAUAAUAUCAUUUAAAAA